AACGAUUUUGAAAAAUGAGCCAGGUCAAAGGUAAAUACCGAUUCCGAUAUGAAUUUACCAAAAGCCUGGAAUUAAUCAGCAAUGAUUGGUUAUCGAUACAGGAGAGGAAAAGAAGAUUGCCUCUGGUCGAGAUGGAUGAAAAGAGGCCCCUAGUGGUGUUACUCGCCUGGGUCGGUUCAAAAAAAAUUCAUGCUUACAAGUACGCCGACGUGUACCUCGAGAAGGGCUUCGAUGUAUUACUUGUUUCGACAUCAAUAGGGCAAAUGGUCUUACCAAUAACUGGUUAUUUGGCCACCAGUUCUAAUCUAGCUGACUUCCUAAAUGAACAACAGAGUUACCAACCUUUAGUAAUCCAUGCCCUUUCUAUCGGUUGUGUGGUCUGGUGUUACACUGAAGAGAAAAUAUUGAAAAACGUAGACAAAUAUCAUAGCAUGAUUGAUAGGCUGGCAGGUUGCAUUUGGGACUCUCCUCCUAAUGGUAGAAAGGCUUAUAUAUUAAGUCAUGUUGCUUUCAAGAAAGAUGGCAUUUUGCGAGUAAUAUGCGAAAAAUUAAUACAACUGUCGCUUUUGUUGACUUAUUUUGUUUGUUAUAAAUACUUAGACCAAGCAACUCAUUUAAUUUUUAAUCCUGGUCUGAAGUUACCAAAGCUGUUGCUAAUUUCAAAAGAUGAUCCAAUAAGCCAAUACCGAAUGAAUAUGAAAGCUUAUGAAAACUGGAAGUCUAAGGGGUUCCAGGUGAAUCUGAAGCUUUGGGAGAAAUCUAUGCAUGUAUCCCAUUUUCUCUUUCAUAGACAAGAAUAUCUAAAUCAGAUCAAUUUGUUCUUGUUAUCAAUAGGAUUACCUAACAGUAACAAGAAACAAGAUGUCAUAUAGAUCUCAUUAUUAGUUAGAAGUCAACCAAUUAUUUAUUAAUACAAUUAUAUUUUCAACAACAGAAAACUAAAACUGUUGAUUAUAUUGAACAGGAUAAUUAGUUUCAUAAUUUAAGGAACUUGUUUUUUCGUAAACAUAUUUUUUAAUAAGUCUAUAUUUA